AAAAAAAAAAAAAAAAAAAAAAAAAAAAACCAAAAAAACAAAAUGGCCGCCGUUCAGCUCAAGUUUAACCUCCGCACUUCGCCCAAUGUCAAGACCGUGCACUUGGUCGGUUCGUGGGACCACUACGAUCGUCAGAUUCCUCUGUCCAAGGAUUCGUCUAAGUCUGGUGCGUGGGUUGGCAAGUUCCGAUUUCAGACGUCGAUGCUCAAGUUGGGCGGGAGAUACUGGUACUACUACAUCAUGGAUGGCUACCAAGUCUCCCACGACCCGGCCGCCGAAUACACCGUCGAACCCACCACCGGCCGCAAGCUCAACAUCCUCGACGUCCCCUCUGGCAAGGCCACCCCAUCAGCCCCCAAGACCCGCCGGGAAUCCGAGGACGUCGUCAAGGGCCGUGCCCUGUCCCCGUCGCGCAUCCACCACCCAAAGCCUUCCAAGCCCUAUGCCUCGCGCCAGCUCCGCGAAGCAGAUUUCGCCCCAACCAUGGACGAUCUCACCCGCCGCUUCGCAGGCUCCCGCAUGUCCGAUGAGUACUCACCCUACUCCUCCCAAUCGUCCUACUCCAACAGCCCGCCCAGCUCUGCUGGCUCCUCACUGUCCUCCCGCUCCUCGGGAAGCACCUCUCCUUCUUCGUUGUCGUCGAUGAGUGACCCGCCCUCGUCUGUCUGCCACUGCGAGCGGUAUGGAAUUACCCGCAAGGGAGACCGAGUCAAGCUUGACUGCGGUGGCAGCCGGUGCGGAUACGUGACAGAGUCGAGCGAGGCUAGCUGCUCGGAGUCAGAUAGCGAUGAGGAGUAUCGCCAGGCAAAGGCCGCUGUACGCCGUCAGGGUAUUGUCGUGAGAAGAUAAUUGAAUCGAGUGAACAUUGUUUCCCUUGGUUCUCGAUUUCAGUUACGAUUACGAUGGCCCGUGGACGAACGUCCAGUGCACGUGGCGGUCAGAAAACAACCCGGCCCGGCCGGCUUGGCUAUAUUUGUGCCGUUAUAGCCACUAACAGUUUCGCAUGAUUACAUGCGCAGUCACUCCUUUGACUGACAGGUGACAGCCACCUGUACGGCCAAUCUACAACAGGAAAAGAAAAAGAAAAAGAAAUAGCAAAAAAAGACCGGACUGUGUUUCACAUUGCC